AUGAGCAGCUUACUUCCAAGUUGGACAGACCCCCGCUCUCCUGUUACUCUAACAAACAACACCAGCCGUCAAAGCAGCCCGGAAACGAAAACUCCGCUCGCCUCCCGCGCUUCGUCAAAGCCAGCCCCCGCCUCUAGUUGGUCCCUUCUCCAUCCGAAAACUUGGCUCCAAGGCCUGUCACCUUUCGAAGCCGUCUCCCUGCUGACGUCAGAAGCGCGCGUCAUCCUGACCCCCGUGCGCAACGCGCGGUUCGUCGUGAGCCUCACGACGUCGCCGAAGCGCGUCGGUUUCCUGGAACCCGUCCUGACGUCACUCCUGCAGAACAGCCUCAAGCCUGACGUCAUCAUCGUGAACCUCCCGUUCGUCUUCCUGCGCGACGGCUCCAUCUUCGGCGAGCUCCCCAAGUUCCUGACGUCAGCCCCGGGGGUUUUGGUAAACCGGUGCGAGGACGUCGGCCCCGCGACGAAGAUCCUCGGCGCGCUCCCGCUCGCGCGCGGCCCCGACGACGUCAUCAUCGCCGUGGAUGACGACAUCUGGUACCCCCGGCACCACCUCAAGAAGCUCUACCUCAAGUCCGGAGAGGAUCGGGCGGAUCAGAAGUCCAAGGGGAAUCGAGAAAACUAUGCCAUAUGCAGGAAGUUUCUCGAGAGCGAAGCCUUGCUGUUCCCCGGUUUUCCGGACACGAGCUCGGUCUAUUUUGACAGGGCGGCGUUUCCGAGCCAGCGCGAAGCUGCAAUUCAGGAGGCUCUCUUCAAUCAGUCCGUUUGA